AUGCGACCGGUCCCCAUGCGAACCGAACUGCUUGCAUUCAGGGUGUUCACGCGACACAACUCCGCUAAGGCGCUCGGCAGCUUCGCCACUGGUCAGCCCGCCUCUCCUCCUCGCCACCCUGCCUCUUCUCUUCGCACCUUGCCUCUCCUCCUCACUCCCCUGCCUCUCUCGCUCCCUUGCCUUGCCUCUUCAUUCACUGCUGCACCCAGGCACGCCUCCUUCCCCCCACUCUCCCCAUCUCCUUCCUCUAAUGAUAUGCGAUUACUCUCAAGCCUGAUUCCCCACUCUGCCCGUGCCCUCACUCCCGCCCCUCCCCCAGCCGCCCUGCCACUGCCACACGACCUGGUGACCAACAUCUCCUCUGCCGCCUCUGCUGAUGCCUUCCUCGCCACUCUCAACAAGUUCAGGUGCCCCUCUCACAUUACAGCAAACCUCUGCAGCUCUGCUCCCCCUCUGCCACCCUCUCGUCUUGUAGUGGGGCAUGGCAUGGCAUGUCCUGGCACCUCCUUUGGCGCCACCUCCUUUGGCUCCACCUCCUUUGGCGCCACCUCCUUUGGCGCCACCUCCUUUGGCUCCACCUCCUUUGGCGCCACCUCCUUCGGCUCCACCUCCUUUGGCUCCACCUCCUUUCUCUCCACAUCCUUUGGCUCCACCUCCUUUGGCUCCACCUCCUUUGGCGCCACCUCCUUCCCCACACUCUUCCUGCACAAGGCGGACGGCACCAGGCAGCUCUACGACGGCCCGCUCAAGCCCGAGCCAAUCGAGGCCUUCCUCGAGCAGUUCGCUGCCCCGGCCGAGCCCGCCGCUGACUCAGCGACAGCUGGCGAGGCGGAGGCAGGCGGGGCAGGGGCGGCGGGGGAGGAGGGGCAAUCGGAGGAGUGCAGGGAGGUGAAGGAGAAGUUUGAGAAGGCAGCAGAGGAGCUUGUGGGCAUGGCGCUCACUCUCUGCUCUCCCUUCUCCCUCGUCAUCCAUCCUCAUCCUCAACACAUCUUUGUGCCUGCCUUCUGGGGCUCGUUAGCAAUUGCUGCUCUUUGCCUCAUUCCUCCUGCCCAUUCGUGCCUCUCCUUUCCUGCUCAUUCCUGCUUCUCCUCCCCUGCCCAUUAG